CAUAGUGUACUUGCCUUGUCACUGAUCUUGGUGACUGCCGUGUUUGGGUCCAUAAAGGAGACACCACAGCAAAUCGUUACCAAGUACAACAACUACCGGACCAUCUGUACUGGACUUGGUUAUCAGAACCUAAACUGCAAAACAGGAAAAGUUUCAGUUGCUUUCCACACGACACUAACCAAUCACUUGCAGAACAUGGGUAAACAACAGACAGUGAUAUUUGACAAGGUGACCUUGAAUGAAGGAAAUGGGUAUGAUAAAAAGACGGGUAUUUUUACCGCCCCCGAGAAAGGUGUGUAUACCUUCACCUGGACAAUCAUGACAAAAGCAGAAAAAUAUUUCGUCAGUGAAAUUGUACACGAGAGUAAACGAAUAGCUAAAAACUAUGCAGAUGGAAGAGGCAUCACUGGUUAUGAUAUGUCUUCAACACACGCCAACAUUAAAAUGAAGAAAGGUGAUAAAGUAUGGAUCAGAACAUACGAUGGCUACGGCCAAUACGCCUAUGGCGAACAUUGGAGUUAUUUUUCUGGAAAUAAAUUAUAAGUAUAAUGUAUGCAUUUGGGAAAAGUUUAAA